AUGGAGCGCACCAAGAAACUAGCCAUGGUCCGGUACAACUUCGACCCCGAGGACCCCCGCUUUGACCUGCCGUAUGCUGCGGCCGAGAAUUGGUUGGAGACCAUGGAGGCCAAGAUGAGGGCGGAGCCGCGCGUGGACGACGACGACGACUUCCCGAAAAUCAGCAUCUGCCUCGCGAACUUGAAGUUCUCGCCCAAAUACGAGACGCGCAAGCACGGCCAGUUCAACUCGUUCGACGAGUUCAAGAACUGGUUCCGGCAGAGCGUGCACGAGCAGUUUCUCGAGAUCCAGUUCGAAAACCGCUGCCAGACCACAGUGCAGACCGGGUUGUUCCGCGACUAUUGCGCCGAGUUCAAGAAGCUCCGCAUGGAGAACCAGCUGCUCAACUCCUACUUCAACGAGCCGACCAUGAACAACAUUUUCCUCAUGAACUUGCGCAAUAUCCUGUUGCGCAAAUUGCUCAAGAACAACACGCCCAAGCGCUUCGCGGACAUCGUGCGCUUGGGCGAGCAGUUGAUCCGGGAGGGCGUGGUGAAGGAACGCAUACCUUCAAGGGGGCUCCUGGACGAAAACACGGAGCCUUUUCUGGAACAGGACCCUUCUCACGUGUACGAGGACGCCCCGCACAGCCCUCCUGAAAGCGGCGAGCUGUCGGCCCAAGAGGAGCACGCAGGCAACUUGCUGAUCGAGUCAGAAAGAGACAGCUUUGUGCCGCCGCCUCCGGCGUCUCUUCCCGACGCGACGCCUAUGGACAGGGGAAGCAUUAACACGGAGAACGAGACGCUGGCGGCCUUCCUGGAGCUGGGUUCUUUCAAGGAGCUGGAUUCUUUCAAGGAGCCGGGUUCUUUCAGGGAGCCGGGUUCUUUCAGGGAGUCGGGUUCUCUUAAGGGGCUGGGUUCUUUCAAGGAGCCGGGUUCUUUCAGCGAGCCGGGCUCCUUUAUGCUGCUGCCCUCUCUCAAACAGCUGCUAGAGUCCAAGUUCUUGCUGGCCCACGACAUGCCAGCCCCCGACGAAAGAACACCGUACUUCUACAACUCGGCAAAAGAACCCGCAGUGGAGGUGCCCGACAACAGACUCGUGGUGCGGGCGGUGAAUCACGUGGCCGCAACGCCGGAAGACGGCUGGAAGUACCGCCUCACGUUGGGCGACACCGAGUGCCCGUUGGACACCAACUACAAGGACAAGGGUCUGCUCGGCGACGCGGCCCACGACUGGCUCGACCGCAUCGAGCACAAGUUGGCCACGCUUGGCUUCAAGUCGCAGGAGGAACAGGUGUCGUUCUGUCUCCAUAACUUGACCGGGUUUGCGAAGAAGGCGGCCAACUUGCAGCCUCCAUUCAAGAGCUACCCGCGGUUCAAGCACUGGUUCUCCAGGCUCUUCGACCUCACUUACGCCAAGCGCGACGUGGUCAUGGACUUGCUCGAGACGCACCAGCGUGGCAGCAUCGAGCAGUACAAGCUCGCGUUCCAGAACAUCCACGACGAGAACGAGCUCUGCAAGUACCCCGUGAGCCCGCAGUUGAUCAAGGAGUUCUUUAUCCGCAACCUCGCGGACGGCGCGUUGAAGACCAGGAUCCACGAGGGCAAGUACUUCGGGCUUCUUGAGGUGUUCAGUCAGAUCGACAUCAUGGCCCAUCUGGGCGAGGCCCCCCAGCCUGAGCAGCUGGGCAGGAGCUCCUCGUAUCCAGCGCCCGUGCCGGCUUCUGUCAAGAGGCCGAUCAAUCCAGACCGCUCCACCACAGAAAGUAACCACCCCGAACGCAUCAACCCCGAAAGUAACCACCCCGAACGCUUCAACCCAGAAAAGAACAACCCCGAACGCUUCGACCCAGAGAAUAACAACCCCGAACGCAUCAAUCCCCAACGCUUCAGCACAGAAAACAUCAACCUCCAACGCAUCAAUACGGACCGCAAAAUGCCCCCGGCAAGAACCCGCGAGCUCACCAACUCGGCCCAAGACAAAGACUAUUACCCAGAACACACGCGGCAGUUCACGCCCGCAAACACGGCCGUCAGACCGGCUCUCCUCGAGCUGCUGGCGCCGCCUUUGCCAAUGUCCGACAGAAUCGGCCGUCCGCUCGAGCAGAGAAUCCAGGUCUCAAGACCCUCUCCCCGGUCCUCCCACCGGUCCCGCGAAGAUUCCGACGAGCUAUUUGAAGACAGAUUGCAGGCGAAGCGGGUGCGCUUCCACCAUCCACACGACCCGCAUUCACGCCACUAA